AUGAAGUCGGUGCUCUCGUUGUUGGCCUUUGCGCCCACCGCGUUGGCGCAAGCCCAAACAAGUUAUGUCGACUACAACAAAGAGGCCCAGCCUAACCUGACACCUCAGUCAGUGGCGACCAUUGAUCUCUCUUUCCCCGACUGUUCCAAUGGUCCAUUGAGCAAAACUCUGGUCUGUGACUGCUCCGCCAGGCCUCAUGAUCGAGCGGCCGCCCUCGUUGCCUUGUUUACCCUGGAGGAAUUGACCAACUCCACGGGGAAUACCAUUCCUGCGGUUCGAAGACUUGGUCUGCCACCCUACCAGGUGUGGUCGGAGGCCUUGCAUGGCUUGGACAGAGCAAACUUUACCGACUCUGGGGAGUACAGCUGGGCGACUUCAUUUCCAUCUCCCAUUCUCAGCAUGGCCGCCCUGAACCGGACCUUAAUCCACCAGAUAGGCGACAUUAUCUCGACCCAGGGUCGAGCGCUGAACAAUGUCGGCCGAUAUGGAUUGGAUGUCUAUGCGCCAAAUAUCAACACCUUCCGCCAUCCGGUCUGGGGCCGUGGCCAAGAGACCCCCGGCGAAGACGUUUUACUUGCGUCGGCAUACGCCUACGAAUACAUCACCGGAAUCCAGGGAGGCGUGGACCCUGAGAAGCUCAAGUUGGUUGCCACGGCAAAGCAUUUCGCGGGUUACGAUAUUGAAAAUUGGGGAGGUCACUCUCGCCUGGGCAAUGACAUGGACAUUACCCAGCAGGAUCUCGCAGAAUACUACACCCCUCAAUUCGUGACUGCUGUCAGAGAUGCUCGGGUACACAGCGUCAUGUCUUCAUACAACGCCGUCAACGGUGUGCCAAGUUCCGUAAACUCCUUCCUUCUUCAGACUCUUCUCCGCGACACCUGGGGCUUUGUGGAGGACGGAUACGUUUCCUCGGAUUGCGACGCAGUAUACAACGUCUUCAAUCCCCACGAGUACGCUGGCAAUGUGUCUGCAGCUUCAGCUGACUCUUUACGUGCCGGGACUGAUAUUGACUGCGGAACGUCAUACCAGUACUAUUUCAAUGAGUCCAUUGCGCAGGGCGAGAUCUCUCGCAGUGACAUUGAGCGUGGAGUCAUCCGUCUGUAUUCCAAUCUGGUCAGCUUGGGAUACUUCGAUGGCAAGGACAGCAAGUAUCGAAACCUUGAUUGGUCCGACGUUGUCAAGACCGACGCCUUGAACAUCUCCUAUGAGGCUGCAGUGGAGAGCAUUGUUCUUCUCAAGAAUGACGGCGCCCUGCCACUGGCGAAGAACACUAGCAGUGUUGCCUUGAUUGGGCCAUGGGCAAACCUCACUCAAGGGCUUAUCGGAAACUACUUUGAUCCUGCACAUGCACCAUACCUGACCACACCGCUCGCUGCCCUGCAAAAGUCGAGUCUCGAUGUGAACUACGCUUUUGGCACGAACAUCUCCUCGGAGACAACAGACGGAUUCGGGGCUGCCAUUGCUGCUGCCAAGCAGUCAGAUGUCAUUGUUUUCGCUGGUGGAAUUGACAACACUGUUGAAGCCGAGGGCAUGGACCGUAUGAAUAUCACCUGGCCCGGUAACCAGCUUGAUCUUAUCAAAGAGCUGAGCCAGCUAGGAAAGCCCCUGAUUGUUCUGCAGAUGGGUGGUGGCCAAGUCGACUCAUCAUCUCUGAAGACCAAUAAGAAUGUCAACGCCCUUGUGUGGGGUGGUUAUCCUGGACAGUCCGGUGGUCUCGCAUUGCUGGACAUCAUCACCGGCAAGCGCGCACCAGCUGGCCGCCUGACAGUGACCCAAUAUCCCGCCAAGUAUGCUUUGCAGUUCCCGGCAACCAAUAUGGACUUGCGACCUGGUGGUGAUAACCCAGGUCAGACCUACAAGUGGUACACAGGGAAGCCAGUCUAUGAGUUCGGACACGGCCUUUUCUACACCAAGUUCAAGGCAUCUCUCGCACGCUCCCGAUCCACCAGCAACGGAACCUCCUUCGACAUCGGCAAGCUUCUGUCGCGAUCUCACGCUGGCUACAAUGUGGCUGAGCAACUCCCCUUCAUGAACUAUACAGUGGGUAUCAAAAACGCUGGCCGUGUCGUGUCCGAUUAUACCGCCAUGGCCUUCGUGAACACAACAGCCGGACCAAGUCCCUACCCCAACAAGUGGCUCGUUGGGUUUGAUCGUCUUGGUUCUAUCAAACCCCACGACUCUCAGACAUUGUCGAUCCCAAUUUCGCUGGACAAUAUCGCUAGAACAGAUGAAUUUGGCGACCGUAUUGUUUAUCCUGGGAGAUAUGAGCUUGCACUGAACAAUGAGCGCUCCGCUGUGAUGUCCUUUACCCUGACUGGCAACGCGACGACUAUUGCUCUAUGGCCAAAGGAAGAACAGCAGAUUUCUCCUGCUUAG